CUAAUCAGCAACCAGAUCUGGAUGAGCCCGGCUACCCACUGGCAGAUUCCUUUUUUCCGCUGUCGUCUCCCGACGGUCGUCGUCUCUCCAUCUCUCCACCUCUCUCUCCCUUCCCCGUUUCCAUCACCGUUCCUGGGAUGUAAAUUAGCUGCAGCGUGGGCUGUAUGUUGGAGCAUUGGUAGAGAACCAGGGAUAGAGUGAUUUAGAGGCUGGCCAAGCCAGGGAGGGAGGCACUGUGCCUGGGCACGGGGCUAGAGGACGGCUGGGAGGAAAGGGCUCUCUGGAUGUAUACAUGUGGAGGACGGCGCACCUCUUUUACCAACUGGGCCAGCUGCAGAUAAGGAGGCGUGGUGGAUAAGGACCUUCGACACUACCUCAACCUGCGCUUCUCCAAGAGCUCCGUGGACCACGACCACCAGCAGAUUAUUAGAGACAACCUCUACCUCCGCACCGUGCCCUGUACCACCCGGCAGCCAAAGGAGGGAGAGGUGCCGGGGGUGGACUAUAACUUUGUGAGCACAGAGCGCUUUAUGGAACUGGAGCAAAGUGGAGCCCUGCUAGAGAGUGGAACUUAUGAAGAGAACUUAUACGGUACUCCCAAGCCCCCAGCUGAGCCCAGUCCGGCGGCCCCUCCACUGAAUGUGAGUGAGGUGCUGCUUCCCGGAGCCCGGCCCAGCAUCCAGGGCAAGAGGAAGAGGAACCAGUCGGUCAGAAACAUGCAGCAGCAAGCCAGCCUGGAGCCGCCCGAGGAAGAGGAGGAAAGCAGCCCCCCCGUGGUCAAUGGGAACGGGGUGGCCAUCACACCAGAGACAAGCGAGCAUGAGGACAAGAGCACAGAUGGGUCGGGGGAGGUUUCUGUGGUGGAGGCCCCGACACUGCCCCCUCCCGCCACUGAGCCCCCCACAGAGGGAGAGGAGCCCCCUGAGGAGGACUCCCCCAAAUCACCCCCCAAACUCCCCGAGGGGGAUGAGGAGGAACUGGGACCCCUGCCUGACAAUUGGGAGAUGGCCUACACAGAAAAAGGAGAGGUCUACUUCAUAGAUCACAACACCAAAACCACAUCAUGGCUGGAUCCUCGGCUGGCAAAGAAGGCCAAACCACCUGAGGAGUGUAAAGAGGAUGUUCCGAUCACCAGCGUCUCCUCAGGCUCUACCUGUGAGUUCCUGUCUAAGACAUCCAAAUAG